CUUAACCAACCAAUCGCUUUAUUUGACUUAUUUGGCAACUCUUAACAACAUUUACAUACGCACAUAAAAUCAUAAUUUCACUGCAGACGAAAAGUCAGCGCUGCUGACUUGCAUGCAACACACACGCACACUCGCACACAGAACCACCAACUGAUUGCAGCCGAAUCUCUUUGAUCGCGCAACAAGCAUUAGUGUCGCUCGACCAAGUCAUCCUUCCGAUUGGUGACUACACUCACAGCUCACGACGCUGGUGCCUCAGCAUUGGGCGGCUUGUAAGGGUGCCGCGGCGGUGGUAACGCAAUUGACAACGCCAUUCCACACCGCACGGCCACAAAGCACUGCAACCGUUUUAGUUGUUGCGAACUAGACCAACCCCCUGCAGUAAUCGGCAGGAUUUGAGAUGGCGCCGCCACGACCGACAUCAAUACGCAAGGGGUUGCACUGCUCGAGCGGCUCAUAAGUGCGCGCUAGCCAACGGGUUGUUGCGAUGUUCGCACAUCGAAUAUAAAACUAAUGAGCGCCCUUAAAGCCCGUUUAGUUGGUAAAGAAACGCGCAACGGGCAACAACCGAAACACAAACGAGUGAUCACACAACAAAAGUAAAAAACACACAAAAUUACGUGCGUGAAAAUGCAUACUAUCGACAUUGAAUCGUACCGUUACUGGGUCGUCAAGUGAACGAAGUUUGCGUAUCUCGUCAAGCGCACAAACGCCGAAGUAACAAGUGUUCAUAACUGACUGUUGGGUGAAAAAAAAACACAUUUUAAAUAUAACAGUAAAAUGUCUUCGUGCUAUAGUGGUUUUGACGAUCGCUCAUUCGAGUUUGAAGAUUCGUCCGACGAUAGCGGUUAUGAGAAAAGUUUCGAAACCGACUGCAAACUUACGCCACGUAAGCUCAUCUUCGAUGCUGGCGCGGAUUUCUAUGCGGCCUCCGAGUCAGCCAUGCCUUCUGGCUGUUACAAUAGCAGCGGAGUUGGUCAACUGAUGGAGCGGGUUUCAUUUCCCGCACUACUCGAUGCCAGCAGCAACCAUAGUACACGUAGUGGACGCACACUCGUAGAGCAUGUGAUCAGUAAAGCGCUGGCAACAGAAUCAGAGUUCGCGCCCAAGCUAACAUCGACACCAACAAAGAAUGCCGCCGGCGCUGGAAGUAGUGAUCAACCGACUGAACCGCGUCAAAAGCGCAAAUAUGCCGUCGGCAAGAAUCGUGUAACGCGUUCACGGAGCCCUACCCAGGUGGUACGCAUCAAAAAGGUUCGGCGCAUGAAAGCAAACGAUCGGGAACGAAAUCGUAUGCAUACACUGAACGAUGCCCUGGAGCGGCUGCGCGUCACGUUGCCGUCACUGCCGGAGGAGACGAAGCUGACGAAGAUCGAGAUUUUACGAUUUGCGCACAAUUACAUAUUUGCGCUCGAACAAGUGCUGGAGAGUGGUGGCACAAUCAAUCUCGAUCUGGAGAAGCUGCAGAACUUCACACUCAGCGGAGAACGCAUCACCAAAGAGCUUUUUGAUGCCAUUUUCGUUAACCCACAACCCUACACGAGUAUCUACAGCAUGGGCUGUGGGCUCAGCGGUCGUAUGCCAUAUGAGCUUCAGGAACAAAUGCCAGCAGCACACUCCUACUUGGAACAACAGCAUCUGCUGCAACGCGGUCGUCCCCCACAAGGCUACGCAUAUGGUAGUGACAUGCGCCCCUAUAAUGUGCAACAUGAAUCCCAUAAGCCGUUGGGCGACCGCUUGGCGGUGCAUCCACAUUUUUCCCAGGAGAAAUAUGAGCUGUAUAAAAACACCUUCGAAGCAGCAGCCAACAUUCAACCCACCUCAGCUGUUAUAUACACGGGUGGUAUGUGCGCGCAAGAAGAGCGAAAUAGGCCGGACAUCACUCCAGCUGGAUUCGCAACACAGCCUCUAUACACUCAACUGUCUACGAACAGCAACUGUUAUAUUCCGGAGGAUCAGCCAACAAGAAUCGCACCAUCACCACCCAUGGUGAGGCAAGGGAGGGAGAUCGCGCAGCCGUCCAUGAUGCACCACACCAGCAGUUUUUACACUCAAACGCCACCUUGGAAGGAUUACAACGAACAGCUGUUGAAUACCAGCCAUAGUAGCUUCGAACAGUAUUCCCACGUAUAGCAACGGGCGCUGUUAGAUAUUUUAGUGUAUAUAGUAAAGGUGUAUUUGGAGAAGGAAGAAGGCCACUGGAGGGUAUACAUUUUCAAUUUAGUUCACAGACAAUCGUAACAGAAAGAGGAAUACGUUAUUGGUUUUUGGAUUCUACGAAUGGCUUUAGGCACUCAAUGAUCUUUGCAACUGCUUGAUCGGUUAUAGUUUCAAAGCCAUGCAUACAACUCAAAACCUUUCAGUUCCAUUAAUUUAGUUCAUUAAAAAAUUUCUAUUCUCAACGAGAACUCAUCCACAAAUUUUGAAGUCAAUCAAAAUUUCCAAUUGACUAGAUUGAAUACUUUAAAAUUGUUGUAGAUGAUGGUUGUGCUAAUAAAGUUAAAAACUAAUAAUUUCUGAAGCCUUGUUGGGAUGAGAAAACAACCCGUGUUGCUUGUCUUAACAAUGCUUCUGAACAAUACAUAUAUAUGAAUAUAUACCAUAAGAUCUCAUUAAAGAAACUGCUUUGCAGUUCUACGCUGUUGAGUAACGGAUCUGCAUAUCAGUCUUCUUUGAAAAACCAAAAUUAUAAAACAUUAAUUUCGAUAUUUAAAAAAAAAACUAUUUUAUUAUAAAUUGGGUUUCGCUGUAGUGAUCUUCAGCGGAUCAUUGCGGAAAAUCCCCAUUUUAAUAACAGUAAAUAUUAUCAAAUACCAACUGCUCAAAAAUAUAACAAUUAUAUUUUUGGAGGAGGUAUUUAUACAAGAUUACGGUAUUAGCCAACUUGACACUUAGUUGUUAAUUUUUGUCAUAGAAUGCCGUAACUUUGUGAUCUUAAAAAUGUCAAAAAAUUUUUUUUUUUUGACAGCGUUCUAUAGACUAACUCAAAGUAUCAGGUACCUAAAAGUAGUUGUUAUAAGCUUUAUGAAAUGUGAGAUUUUUGAUAUUUACCAAAGAGAAAAUAUUUGUGAAUAGAUAAGUGAAUAUAUUUUAGUAAGCUAGAAAUUUAUUGUAAUACAUUCAACAGGAGCUAGUCAUUUCCGAUAAUAAAAUAAAGUACUUUAUAGGAGGUUAAAGUUUACGAGAGUUAGGUGAGUCUACUAACGAAUCAAUUAAUACAGGUUGUAAUGUAAUGAAAUAUAUACAUACAUAGUUGUCGUAAUAAAUGUACGCUGAUGAAAAUAAAG